CCCAGGGGAAGGAGGCUAACGAAACUGGCAACGAGACUUUGCAAAUGUACAGCGUUUCUUCCUCACGUAUUUUACAUCUGGAUAUUUCCAAGAUUCACUUUGAAGUACUUUUACUUUCUUGCUGAUUGCAAACAAUUUUUAAUCUGCCUCUGAAAACCCACAGAAGUUUGGUACGUUUUCUGCAGUUUUUACGCCAGCGCGAAAGGAUUUCGUUUCUGAAAUUAGCUAAUUUAACCUCCCGGGAAACCUGAGGAAAUAAUCACCGUGGAAGUGACACAAAACAGCGAACACGUUUUAGACGCAGAGGAAAUAUUAGCUAUCAACCGCCAUGUGGAUACUUUGGGCACAGAAAAUACACGUGAUUUUAAAUUUGCUUGAAUUGAACUUGACUUGCUAGCUAACUCAUUACUUGGCUAUCGAUAGCCAGCUAACCAUUGCAACGGAUCCGUGAGUUAAACAUUUCAGUACCUCGCCAGCUAGAAACAAAUAGUUAGCAAACUUUUUUCAGAUAUUUUUCUCAAGAGCUAUUUCUGUCGGCGUACUGUUACAAAAGGGCACAUGCAACGGGUUGUUUCCAAUGAUAUUUUUGCUUUUUACAUUUCAUCAGAGAAUGUAAUCUUUUAGCUACAGGUUCAGCAUGAUGGUCUAUUCCAGUGGUGCUUACAAGUGACGAACGCUCGCCUUUCAAAGUUUUGGAAAUGUUCUGUGAAGUUUUCCCCAUUUCUAUUUGCUUUUAGAAACGGGGCUGCAUUUGAAGGAUUUUCUUGCACUUUAAAAAAAAAAUCUGAUGUAUAUCUCUGCGAUACUCUACUAUUUCAAUUAUACGUCCGCUUUUUUAUUUGGAGUCGAGCAUGGAUUACAUGGAAUACGUUUGAUCUAAUUAGCCAUUUCUGCGACUGUUUAUCGGGAGUUUAACCGAAGAGUUCUUGGCAAGAAAAGUUAAACCUGUCCUGUUUCUAGACAUAUACUGCCUGGAUACCCCAACGACUAAGAAAGAACGCAAUGUCAAUCUGCAGCUCAAAAAUGUGGACCGAGAUUGUUGUGGUUCCAGCCAACCGGAGUACGUGUCAGUGCGGAGUAUAAAUCAAUGCACACGUUCUGCAAGCUUCAUAACUAGAGUACAAAGCUUGUUUUGACGUUAUUUAAAAUAUGCAAUCACUGUUUUGAGUUUUAUUGGGCAACAAUCAUCCGUAGUAUAAGAUUUUUUCCCCUGUUUUUAGUAAACUAUUUUUUUCCAUCCCACGCAUUAUUUUUAUAUAUGCGUAUUGCCUUUUGUUGCUAACGGCUUCUUUUUUCAUAGCAGCAAAGAUGUCAAAUUUUUGUAUCUUUUUUCUGAAUAAGCUGUCUGUGGAGAGAACUUUCAAACUGGAGUUGCACCAGGAGUCCUUAAACCAUGUAUAAUCGAAGAUUUUAACACGGUCCACGUGCAACGCAAAUUUGGAUGUAACACUUUGCGUAUUAUUUUACAGGUUGUAGUACACUUUAAAGGAUAAAUACAUCGGGAGUUUUUUUCCGGUCUGACUUAACGGUGUAGGCUGACAGCUUUGCAGUGCACGAUGUGCGGCUGGGGCCCACCGCUGCAGCCGGUGCAAUGACCGUUUCUCAGCGGCGAUUGGCCGGGCUCUGGCCUUGGCUGCUAAUGGCGGCCCUGCAGGUGGUGUUCGGCCAGACGGGCCUGGAGUUGGCAGCCGCCGUGGAGUCGGAGCGAUCGGCACCCAAAGCUGUCAUCAAGGUGACACUUCUGAAACAAGAAACGGGGAAGCCUAUUACUCUAGAAGGAGUGUUCGCCGGAGCCAGUCUGAGAGGUUCUGCAGAGGGAAAAUUGAUGCAGUCCCACCCACUGUCCCUGUGCAACACGAGCGAGGAUGAGCGGCAGGAGAAGGUCUUCAUCAGCAUCGUCAAGCUGGAGAGCCCCGAGCGCAACGUUCCCCAGUGCCUUCCGCUGCUGGACCAGGCUCGGCUGGCACUGAAGAGGGGGGCUCAAGCUGUCAUCUUCGACGUCUCCGACAAUGCCGCUGCUGCACAGGAGCUGCAGGCUGCUGAGGACCUGCCCAAGCCCGUGGUCCUGGUCCAGGCCAAGGCCGCCAUGGUUCUCAUGGAGCUGGUCAACAGGAACGAGGGGGCCAGGGUCCACAUCGAUGUCAUGGUGGAGCCACAGUGGCCCCACUAUGAUGUCACCAUCCUGCUCACUGUGGUCCUGGCUGUGCUGGCCAUCAUCAUGAUCUUCGCCUUCCGCUACCGCUGCAAGUCAAACAGGACCUGGGACACCGUGCACCAGCAGACCAUGCGUGCGAUCGGACGCUUGGAGACACGCACCUACGCCUCCCCGGGGUGCUCCGGGAGCCAGCGGCAGAGGGGGGGGAGAGAUUCCGGAAGCAGCUCCGUCUCCGCGCCCAUGUGCGCCAUCUGCCUGGAGGAGUUCACGGACGGACAGGACCUGCGGAUCAUUUCAUGUGCUCACGAGUUCCACAAGGAGUGUGUGGACCCAUGGCUUCUGCAGCACCGCACCUGCCCCCUCUGCAUGUACAACAUCAUGGGAACCGAGAUGGCCGCCCGACAGCCCCCGCGAAGCAGAGCCGGUCCGAACGCGGAACACAGCCAGGGCUUCUUACGCCCCCACCACUACCCCGGACACCACGUGUUCCAGCAGCCCCCCGUGCCCUUCCCCCUGCGGCACCAUUACUCACGGGCCCCCGCCACCGGGCCCUUCCCCCCGCUCGCCCAUUUCGCCAGCCCCCCGCCCAUGGACUCCCGGGCCCUCCACUGCCUUCCCAGCAGGCCCUUCGGGUCGGGCCCCACCCGCUGCAGCCACCACCUCCCUGAGGGGCACCUGAGCCGGCCCCACAGGACUACUGCCACCAACUGCCGUCCGGGCGGUCACCUGGGGCCCCACUACUCCUCCCGCCGGCCCUGCCACGGGUACCGGCCGGGCUGCCCUGCCCCUCGCGCCGCGUCCAACUCUCGGCUGAACGCGGGGGCCAGCGCGGGGCGCCCGGCGGGGCACGGCCGGCAGGACGAGGGCAGCUGCUCCGGGGGAAGCUACCGCACGGAGCGCAGCGGCUACUUCCCUGACGGCCCGGCCAGCGACUCCAGCUCGGGCCCCUGUCAUGGCUCGUCCAGCGACUCGGUGCUCAACUUCACCGACGUCAGCCUGCAGGGCGUGUACGGCAGCUGGUCCACCUUCCGGAGCUCGCUCAGCAGCGACUACGACCCCCUGGUGUACUACGGGCCGGGGCCGGGGCUGGGCCAGGGGGACGGCCUGGAGCCCGGCUCCAGACCGCGCUCGCUGGACUCCGUGGUGAACCGCAGCUACCCGGAGGAGCAGGUGUUCAACCACGUGCAUUACCACCGGCACCGGCACCACCACUACGAGGAGGGCCACCACAGCCAGGGCCCCGACAGGGGCUCGGACGAGGAUCAGGGGGCCGAAGGCGGCUCCUCCCCGCCCUGCCUGUACCCAAAAUCCAAUCCACCAGACAGGCUGCCUCACCGAAGGGGGGAGGAGCCCGAGCACGAACUCACGGACCCUCCCGGCGUCGCCCACCACCACCGGCGGAAAAAAAGCGGAUGUCUACUCGACACCCCCGCCGUGCGCUUCCACCAGAGCCUGGACCUGCAGGAGGACUGCAGCAUACACAUCCACUACGGCCAGGGGGCGGCCUACUGCUGCUCCCCGCCCGACAUCCCCCCGCUGCUGCCUGUGCCCCUCAUUCUGGACUCAGGGGCCAUGGGCGACUGGCCCUGCUGCGGGGCGCAUGUGGUGUGGCAGAAAAGGGUCCAGCAGGCCCACUCGGACCCCCAGUUACAGGGGCCCCGGACCCCCCCGGACAGGCCGCUUUGUAGGGGCCACCAGCCAGGGGCCGAGCUCACUACAGACAUUUGCUUAUACUGCCAAACUUUACACAACAAUCAGGGAUCAGAAGAGGAGUCUGGUGUGUGAGUACACACAGUUGUGUCCCCAUCUCACGCUGCUAAACGGAGCCACAGUGGACAAGCCCCUGUCUCUCUACGGUCUUUCACAAGUCUUCUGCAAAAUUCCACACUGCCGCUGUGUUCAACGCUCUCUGAAGCCACUCCCAGUUCCCUGUACACUUCAGAUUUUUAAGCAAAACGCAUUGCCAACUAUGCUCAUCUCUUCUGUAGCAAUUAGUGAUUAUAAAGAGUGAUUAUGAGUCAACAUGAUGUUCGGUAGUUUUAAACCAUGUGAAUAGUGGUGCACUUAAAUUGAGAAGAGGAUGAGGAAUUGGGGGGGUGGGAGGAUACAACUUGACAUCAUACUUAACAUUCUUAUACAAUUUAUGGACCGCAGGUGACAUUGAAAAGGAAAUACUAUCACAGAGUUUAUUGUACUAAUUCCUUUAUAAUCAUAUUGAAUUGCCAUAGAAAAUAUUUUAAAAUUCAUUUCAGGAAAUGUUACAUUUGAAUUUGACAUAUUCCAUAUCAGUAGGUGUAAACCAUAUUGAGGUUUCUAGCGUGUUUGCUCAGAUGUGUACUUGAUUUAAAAACAAUGGGAAGAAAAUGAGGGGGAAUGGGAGAAUGGGAGAAACUUUCAAAUUACAGUAUGAAUUCAGCUUAUGCAUUAAGAUGCUUUUCAGUGAUGACCUGAUUGACCUCUGCCAAUUUUUUUCUGCCCCAAUUUCUCUCGUUUUCUGGGGGAAAAAACCAACACCAGUAUAGCUCACAGCCAUGUAACCAAGAAUAUCAUGUCAUCUGGGAUCAGCUGCUAAUGUCUAUUUCAGUAGCGCUCUCUCUCUCU